AACGUUAUUUUGUUGUGUACAGUUAUUUCACAGAUCGUUUUUAACGUUCCGAGUUUCCGGUUAAGUCAAUGGUGAGUCUCGUGCAUAAACGUGCAUCAGCUCAACGUGACGUGUUUUCGUCGCCGUCUGUCGUGAGUGUACCGUUGGAAGUGCGUCUGUGCGAUGGGAAAAGUGCGACGGUACAAGAAAAAAUUGGCCAAAGCGAACGCCGACCAGAACGACGGUGGUGAACAGGUAACGAAACAGUCGCAGCAGACCGAUUAUUUGGAACUGGCCGAAGAGCUGUUGAGCUUGAAGAAAAACGAUGACAAGAUGAGCGUGUGUUCCGUGAUGAAAAGUGUCAAGUCCAGUGGCGGUGGCGAAUCGUUGAAGUUGAAAAAAGACGCGAAACGUUUCUUGAAACACGCGUUUCUGUUAAAAAGGCUUGAGAAGACCCAGAAGGGUUUGAAAAAGAAGAAGAAAAAGUCCGAUAAAGAUGACGACAUUGACGGUAGUGAUAACGACAACGAAGUGGACAUGAGCAAUCAGAAGGUAUUGAAUUGGCCUGUUGGAAAUACAAACGAAACAAGCAAUGUGCCUCCCAAGAAACACCGAAGAGGAUUCCAGAAAAAACAAAAUGCCUUACUGGCUAAAGACUUAGCAUCAUUUUCAAAAAUAAUUAAAAUACAAUCAAAGAAACUUGCUCAAAACACUGUACUUUAAGGCAUUUUUUUUAUUUUAUAUUUCAAUUGAAGUAUAUUUGUUGAUCUAUUGAA